GCUCAAGCAGAGACUGAAAAGUAUACGCGCUCAGCUGUUGGCCCGAUGAGAGCUGCAACCUGCUCCUUCACAACGACUAUGACUAUUUAAUGUUAUAAUAUCUUUUUCUCUCUUCUCUACAUUUGAAACAAUGGGAAUCGACGACAUCAUUUACAUUGUCCUUCUUCUGUUCGCCAUUGGCUUUGGCCAUGUCCUUAAGAAAAUUGAAGAUCCCGAGCAAAGGAAAUGGACAGCGUCUGCAGUCGGAUUCAUGAUUAUGCUUACUGUGUCCGGUCUGCACAUCAUUCAUCCGCUCUUCUGCAUUGCCAUCAAUGCCCUUAUUAUCACCUAUGCUGAUAAAAUGAAAUGCCAUAUCUUCAGCUUCGUCUUUACUUUUGUUUACCUUUUCUUCUUCCGAACGACAAUUUACUUCGGGAUCCCGUACCCCCCAGGCCACACAAAUUUGAUUCACAUGAUGCUUACUUUAAAGCUAGUCGGGCUUUCUUUUGAAGUCCAUGACACCUACAAGGCUAAGAAGAACUCAAGUGACAAGCAUGAAUUCCUGAAGCAAGAGCCGACACCAACUGACAUAUUUCAUUAUUCCUUGUGCUACAUAGGGCUCCUAGCAGGUCCCUACUACAGGUACAGGACCUAUUACGACUUCAUUUACUCUCCCUAUUGGAAGUAUACAGACUGCACUAAACAAAUGACCAAGAGGUUUCUUCUCGCUCCAAUGGCUGCAGUCAUUUAUAUUGUGUUUUUGAAUCUAUUCCCAUGGGAGUACGGACAAUCAGACGAGUUUGUUUAUGAGCGACCUCUAUGGUACCGGAUCCUGUACAUGCUUCCCCAGUUUUUGACCUUCCGAAUGAGGCUUAUGACCGGAAUGGUGUUGUCGGAGUGCUCUUGCAUAAUCGCUGGUCUUGGAGCGUAUCCCACUAUCACCAGACCCAGGACAGGAACUGGUCCUCAGGACUACAUCAAGCUGCUGGAACUGGACGAGCAUCCAGAGCAAUUAAAAAAGGAAGACUACAAUUUUGACACUGUCUACAACAUCGAUCCGUGGGGCGUUGACUUUUCACCCACUGUCCGGACUGGAAUGCACUGCUGGAACACAACAGUCCAAUAUUGGUUGGCUGUGUACACUUACAAACGGAUGAGCAACAAAAGCCUGAGGACUGCUUUCACCAUGUUUAUUUCGUCAUACUGGCACGGCGUUUAUAUCGGCUACUAUUUGUGCUUGGGGUCAGUGCCCUUUUAUCUGCCAGUUGAAGAUAUUUAUGACAAGCUCUACCGCCAGCCGUACUCUGGAACCAAGAGGAAAAUCAUCGACUGGAUAUUCUGGGUGCCCCGCUUGUUCGCGUUCUCCUACAUGUCUUUGCCGUUUAUUUACUUGUAUCCUGACAAAAUCAUCAGAAAUUGGGGUGCGAUUUACUUCAUGGGCCAUGUAGUCAGCUUAGUUGCCUACAUCAUUGGAUGCUUUUUGCGGAAAAUGCACAGAAAGUCAAGUAAAGAUUCUCAGCCAAAAAAGGAAUUGAUUGAAGGAGAAAAGGACCAUGUAAAAUCUGAAUAAUUUUCUAAGAGAGUAGAAAAUAAUCGUUUUCUGUGAAAUCCUAAACCACAGUGUGAUUGUGCGUGACCUUUUAUAAAAAAGUUAUGAAUGAACGGCCCAGUUUCUCUAUUAUAUAGUAGAGAUUACCUUUAUGUAACGGUAAAAUAUUGAAAACGAAUUUUUUGUACAUUGGGAUUGGGGUGUUAUCUGUUUCUGACGUUUCUGCUAAAAUAUUUUCGUUUAGAACAGAACUUGAUCUACGCAUGUGAUUAUAGAAAAAAGGUGAAAUUUCAGAUUGUUUUGUUUUAAAAAUGAAUUAAUUAUUAAACAAAUUGAAUUUUGUUUUUCUUAGUUAUUUUUUUCAAUAAACUCUGAAAACUUUAAAUUUUAAAAUGUGUUGUACAAUCUCAAAUUGAAAAAUGUAGAAUUUUAAAUUUAAAAAAAAAAUGGGUUGGUUAUAUAUUAUAUUAUACCGUGAAACAUUAUAGAAACUAAAAAUAACCAAAUAAAUCAAUGUGUCUGAAUUUUCAUAAAAAG